UCUCUUCAGUCUUUUACAAUAGACAGAUUCUCCUUCUAAACGGGUUAAAGAUGGCAGCUCUGUGGACAGUCAUGGUUUUGGCCCUGUUUCUCUCAGCUCCACUCAGUGAAGCAGUGGUGAACAAAAACGACUUGGCGAGAUUCGUGAAUGACCUCUUGAAUGUAUACAAGCCAACGUAUCAAGUGCAUGAAGAUGCUCCCAUGUUCAGUUUGGCCAUCAGUAUCCCACUAAAUGCCAUCAGGAGGCAUGACUUCAGCCUUGUGACAGCCGCCGACCCGCCCCAAAAUGUGAGGAGUGCCCUGAACCGUUGUCAGGUAUACACAGGAGCCCGGGUGGUGGGUGCGACCCUCCUCAAAUACCCAGACUUCAUGCGGCAGUGCCCCAAUGAGCCCGUGAGCUGGGACUAUGUCACGCGGAGUUGUCCUGCCGUGCGCUACUGGAGGGACUUUGAGCAGUGCACAAGUGGUGACAUCAGGAGACUCAAGAGGGAGGUGGACGGGCUGGUGCAACAUGCCGAAUACCGUGUCCUGCAAAACUUCCAACAUCUAACCAACAAAAUCAAUCGUGGGAUCCAGAGCACUGACCUCAUGUUGUUUUACAUAUACAAGUCCCCGUGCUCCACUCGAUGCUGCAGCACUGACCAUCUCUUCAGCAUUAUCAACAAAAUGACCAGUGUCAGGCGCUGGAAUAAUUACGCAGUCGUGUUUUCUCAUAUCUUUGUUCCGGGCCAUACGUCAGCUUCAGCAGCCACUCUGGAGCAGGACCGUCGCACUGCGCUGAUGAACCUCGGAAACGGCAUAAACGGAAUCGCAAAUAUCUACCGCUGCACUCCGGGCGCCAGCACGUGCUUCAGCUGUAACGCACCAGGUGGAGUGAACAACGACUGUGUGCGAGCUCCACGCAGCCCCAGUGCUCCCCCUGGAGGCCACUAGGCAGUAAACAGUCAUGGCAGGCAAGGUCACAUUAAAGCUACCAUCCGUAACUUUAUUUGCAGCAGUGUAGAGGGCAUCUAGUGCUCAUAUGUGAGAAUACAACAGGGCCUGGUCUGCCAAUCUAAUUGCAGAUGGUAGUUUUAAAGUGUAGUUACAGCCAAACAAUUCAUUCUCAAAUUAAAAAAAAAAAAAAAUGGGAAAGUUUUAUGACCAACCCAGAGUAGACUUGAUGUGCCAGCACCAUGUAAA